AUGUCACCAGCAAAUAGCUCAUGUAUUCACCCCUCCUCUUUUCUGUUGUUGGGAAUCCCAGGACUGGAAAAUAUGCAGCUCUGGCUUGGCUUCCCAUUCAGCACAGUGUAUCUGAUUGCCCUCCUGGGGAAUGCCACCAUUCUUUUGGUGAUCCAGAUUGAGCACAGCCUUCAUCAGCCCAUGUUCUAUUUAUUGGCCAUUUUGGCUCUGACUGAUUUGGGCCUGUCCACUGCAACUAUCCCCAAAGUGCUGGGCAUAUUCUGGUUUGGUUUCAGWGAAAUUGCUUUCAGGGACUGCUUAGCUCAAAUGUUCUUCAUACACCUGUUCACAGGCAUAGAAACGUUCAUGCUUGUAGCCAUGGCCUUUGAUCGCUACGUUGCUAUUUGCCACCCUCUCCGAUACAACACAAUUCUCACCAACAGAACAAUUUGUUUUAUUGUUGGGAUAGGAAUGUUGAAAAAUUUUGUUUUGGUUUUUCCACUUAUAUUUCUCCUUCUAAGGUUGUCAUUCUGUGGACACCAUGUCAUACCCCAUACCUACUGUGAGCACAUGGGCAUUGMCCRUCUGGCCUGUGUCAGCAUAAAGGUCAACAUAUUAUUUGGAUUAAUUCUUAUCUCUAUGAUCCUUUUGGAUGUUAUUUUGAUUGCUGUCUCCUAUGUGAAGAUUCUCCAUGCUGUCUUUAAACUCCCAUCCUGGGAGGCCAGGCGUAAAGCUCUCAAUACCUGUGGUUCCCACGUGUGCGUCAUCUUAGCAUUCUUCACCCCAGCCUUUUUCUCCUUUCUGACCCACCGAUUUGGCCACAAUAUUCCACGUUAYAUCCACAUCCUCCUUGCUAACUUAUAUGUGAUUAUCCCCCCUGCUCUAAACCCCCUUAUUUAUGGGAUAAGAACCAAGCAGAUCCGAGAUCGGGUGGUGAUGAUAUUUUUUUGUAAGGAGGUUUGA